AUGGCCAAAGACUCCUCCCCGAUGAGGCCGAAGCCAAGGAAGACCUCCAGGCCCAAGGCGGCGGCCCCUAAGCGCCCCCCUCAGCGAGGCCUCGGCGUAGCCCAGCUCGAGCGCCUUCGCCUCCAGGAACGCUGGAAGAAGAUCACCGAGAUCGACCCCACCCGCGUGGUCCAUCCCUUCCCGGGCCAGCUUCUUGUCUACGAUUACCUCGCCGCCGUCACCCCUCUCGCCGCCUAUGGCAUCCCGGUCCCCCCUCCCGCCCCUGUCGUCGUCGUCCCUCUCGCCGCCUACGGCGCCUCGGUCCCCCCUCUCGCCCCUGCCGCCGUCGCCGCCUAUGGCGCCGGUUAG